CUGGGGUCUCUUGCCCGCCACGACGAGGACGGUCCACCCUGAGCUCCUGCCCCUCUACCACCCUGACAGGACACCUCGCCUCACGUGGUUUCACUGCGAUCGUGGGCUCGGGGUCGCUUUCCAGAGCGUUAACCGUUCACGUGAGCGCGACCGCGCCAGAUACAUUGGACCGAGCUCAGUUUUUGUCAUGCGUUUUCCUCAGUCGUUGCGCUCCUUAGCUCCUCCUCCUGUGCGUUUGGGUAUCAAGUGAGAUGAAGCACAAUAUUUAUCAUAAAAACAACUUUAUUCCGGUAUUUAAAGUGAUUUCACAUUCGAUAAAAUACGCAACUGGUGAGGAACCACCCCGUUCCUUUUAUAUAAGUACGAGUGUAAUUUGUGGUGCGUUAGGACGACAUCCCCCCCCCCAUCCCUACUAUUCCCGUCAUGCGAUGAUGCGCUGUGCUCGAUGUCGUUGCAUCCGUUCAUAGGAGACCGUGCCGCUCUUCCUCUUGUUCCUCCCUGCAGGCCAGCGGUCGGCUGCCCGACGCCGGACUCGGGUUCGAGGGGCCGUCCGUCGCCGCUUGUGGCCCGAUGAAUUGGAGCCGCCCGCACGUCGUAAUCCGCUUACGGUUGUGCAGCCUCACCUUGAAGAAGCUCGUCGUCCUGAAGGAACUGGACAAAGACCUCAACUCGGUGGUCAUUGCUGUUAAAAUCCAGGGAUCCAAGAGGGUGCUGAGGUCCAACGAGUACCUGCUCCCACCCGGCGGCUUGAUGGAGACCGACCUGGAGCUCACCUUCUCGUUGCAGUACCCACACUUCCUCAAGAGGGAUGCCAACCGACUCCAGGUCAUGCUGCAGCGACGGAAGCGGUACAAGAACCGCACCAUUCUGGGCUACAAGACGCUUGCGGUGGGGGUCAUCAACAUGGCAGAGGUAAUGCAGCAUCCGUCGGACGGGGGUCAGAUCCUCGGUCUUCACAGCAACGUGAAGGAGGCGCCCGUGCGCACGGCAGAGAUCAGCGUCCACUCCCUCUCCAGCCAGCCCAUUGACCACGAGGACAACAGUGGGCAAGCAGGGCCCAAGAGCAAGGCCUCAGACCGCUCCCCGGACAUCGAUAACUACUCGGAGGAAGAUGACGACAGCUACUCCUCGGAGCAGGAGGGCAGCGAUGAUCCUGUUCACGGACAGGACCUGUACGAUGAGGACGACGAGGUACGGAAGCCAAAGCAGCCCCGCAAAAUGACAAGGGCCACGUCCAUAACCCGGCAACCCAACUUCAAGCAGAAGUUUGUGGCCUUGCUCAAGAGGUUUAAAGUGACCGAUGAGGUUCUGGACUCAGACCCGGUGGAUCAGACCCAGGAGGCUGAGGAAGACCUGGACCUGCUGUACGACAACCUGAUCGACAACCCCAGUGACAGCGGGCCAGAAAUGGAGGACAACGAGAGCGUCCUGAGCACACCCAAACCGCAACUCAAGCCAUUCUUUGGGGGGAUGUCCCACUCCAGCUCUCAAACAGAGGUCGGCAGUUUGCACAGCCAGAGGAGCCAGCCCGGAGACUCCACCUCUCCCGGGGGCGACUUCCUGUCCGCAGAGAAGAGCGUGGCGCCGGGGGCUAAGCACCAGGAUGAUGGCGUCACGGAGGCCACGGUCGGGGGCACGGAGGCGGAGGACAGGGUCCCGGGGACGGGGGAUGCCGCGACGGGCUGGGACGUCAGCACCGACAGGCUCGCCAGCUCACUGGGGAAGCUCUGCAAGACAGAGUCCCAGAAUCACGUGUCCCCCAGUAAAACGGAGAACCGGCUGCACCGUCGGCCCCGCAGCACCUCCAUGAAGGACCGGCAGAACCCGAAAGCCCAGAGCGAUCGGACCACCAGCGUGGACAGCGAGAGCUCCCCGGACUCUCGGCUCAUUGUGCAGGUCCCCAGGAAGUCAGUGUACGACCAGCUGAACCAGAUCAUGAUCUCGGACGAGCGGCUGCCGGAGAGCAUCAUCCUCAUCAACAGCGCGGACUGGCAGGGCCAGUUCCUCUCCGAGAUCUUGCGCGCCCAGAACCAGCCGAUCGUGUGCACGUGCUCCGCCGCCGACACGCAGGCGGCCUUCAGCACCAUCGUCACGAGAAUCCAGAGAUUCUGCAACUGCAACGCGCAGACUCCGCCCACGAUGAAGGUGGCCGUGGCAGGGGACCAGAGCUACCUGAGCACCGUGCUGAGGUUCUUCGUGGAGCAGCUGGCCAGCAAAACGCCGGACUGGCUCAGCUACAUCCGCUUCCUGGUGAUCCCCUUCGGCUCUCACCCACUCGCUAAGCACGUGGCCUCUUUGGACAGCCGGUUCAGCGGUCUCUUCAUGGACGCGGCGUGGAGGGAGCUGUUUGGCCGGUCGGAACCCCCUUCGUCAGACAGCGUCGAUGUGGCCGGACGGGUCGUCCAGUAUCUGGCUGGAGCCAACGUGUCCCACCACUUCCCCAUUUCGGAGGCCAUGCUCACGUACAAGCAGAAGAGGAAGAGAAGCUUGCAUUUUGAUUUUUCCAUCAGCCCAGACGAGGACUCCUGCCAGAAGUUUGUCCCCUUCAUCGGGGUGGUGAAAGUGGGCAUCGUGGAACACAACCUGUCCAUGUCGGCGGACUCUGACGACGCGGCCGCCGGGGGUGCGAACGCUCUGGCCUCGCCCUCCUCCCAGCCCCCCGUGCCCUACGGCAAGGAGAUGACCUGCACCCCUCCCCCGUCGCCCUCUGUCGCCACUGGCCUGAGCGGAGCUGGCUCUCCGUGCCCCGGCGGCGAGCUCAUGGGGCUCCAGGUGGACUACUGGUCGUGGCACGGCCUCGAGAAGCGGCGCGAGGGCGACCGGAGGGACGUGGGCAUCAAGAGCACCCUGAAGAGCAACUUCCGCUCGCUGCAAGUGAGCCGCAUCCCCGGCGCCGGGGAGCUCGCGGCCCCCCCCUGCAUGUCCAUGACCGUGGUCAUGAAGGAGAAGAACAAGAAAGUCAUAUUUCUCACCAAGAAGCCCAAGGAAAAGGAGCUGGACUCUAAGAGCCAAGUGAUCGACGGGAUCAGCAGGCUGAUCUGCACCGCCAAGCACCAGCACACCAUGCUGAGAGUGUCCAUCGAUGGCGUCGAGUGGAACGACGUCAAGUUUUUCCAGCUGGCCGCCCAAUGGCCCACCCACGUCAAGCACUUCCCCGUCGGCAUCUUCGGCUACAGCAAGCCGUGCUGAGGGCGAGUCGAGCGCGUGCAUCCCUACAGCAGGAUCAGGUCGUGUCCUGGAGCGAUGGGCUUUUCAGCGGCCGCAGCUCUGAUUGCACUUUGUUUUUAUACCUUUUUAUUAUUAUUAUUAUUUCUGUGAAAUCCUGUCUCCAUACGUGUUCCUCACGCAGUGUAACGGGUCGGGGGUGGGGGCGGCUAUAUAAUUUUCUGUUUUUCUGGUGCCGAAAUGUUGCUGUGAAACUAGCUGUGGACUCCUUCACCUCUAUGAGAAGCGCUGUCUUUUUACUUUUUCCCGUUUUAAGCCUUUUUUUUUUUUUAAAUACGAAAAUGUAUUAUGAUGAUAUUAUUUUUCACAACAAGCCUAUUGGUACACAAA